AAAAGUAGACCGGCAGAAUAAUUUAUUUAUUAAGAUUUCAAAGGUUUUCGAGUAUUAAUCGAGCUUGAAAAAAUGUUUUCGCGAAUUUUAAAUGCAUUCCAAUCGAAGCACGUCCAGCUGAAGGAAAUUAAAAAUGCAGCUAUAAUAACGAUUAAUCGUCCGGAAAAGAUGAAUACAUUCACAUUAGAAAUGCCAAAACAACUGUAUGAACUAUUGAAAGAUUUAGAGACAUCUGACAAAAAGCAUGUAGUCAUUCAAGGUGCCGGCGAACGUGCAUUUUGUGCUGGUAUUGAUUUACGGGAACUUAUGAAAAAUCCAAAUGAUUCUGAAGCGGGUUUCUAUUCAUCAAAUUCAAUGGACUUGAUAUCGCAGUACAAGAAGCCUUACACGGCAAUUCUUGAUGGAAUUACUAUGGGUGGUGCAUGUUUCUAUUCAAUGACUUCAAAAUACAGAAUAGCUACAGAACGAACAGUGUUUGCCAUGCCAGAGACAGAAAUUGGAUUUUUCACAAACGCAGGUGCGAGUUUCUUCUUACCGAGAUUAAAAUAUAAUCUAGGAUAUUAUGUUGCAUUAGCCGGCGCGCGAUUGUAUGGAUAUGAUAUAAAGAAAUUCGGACUUGCUUCACAUUACAUUGAAAGCAAGAGAAUGGAAGAUUUUAUGAAGGCAUUGGUUAAAUGUAAGGAUGACUAUGAAGUCGGUAGAACGAUUGCUAAUUAUUCGUCGGUUCCAGUUUGUACAGACAGUGAACUAGAUGAAAUAUUACCGAGAAUCGAUAAAUGCUUUGAUGGUGAUUCUGUUGAAGAAAUUUAUGAUAAUUUAGGUUUGGAUGGAAGUGAAUGGGCUAUGCAGACAAUUAGAGUCCUUAAUAGAAUGUCACCAAUGAGCAUGAAGAUUUGUCAUAGAUUAUUGAAUAUGGGAAGUAAGUUGUCACUUAAGGAGUGUCUCAAACUUGAAACUCUUUUGUCCUACAACAUUAUGACACAUUAUUCACAAGAUUUUAAAGAAGGUGUUCGUGCAUUGAUCAUUGAAAAGGACUUGAAACCUAAAUGGAACCCAAAAAUCUUACAUGAUAUAAAGGAUGAAGAUGUUGAUAAGAUUUUUGCGUCAAUUCCUGUUGAAUUUGAACUCAAGUUCGAAAGUGAUAAUGGAAAGUCCAAAUUGUAAUCUAGUUGAUUUUAAAUAUUAAGCUUAAAGUCAAGAACAAUGCAUUUAAAGCAACAAAUCUACUUCAUAGUUAUGAAUUUGGUUUUGUGCCUAAUUAAAAGAUUUUUAACGUCUUUCUGGAAUUUAAACUUUUAUAUAUUGAUCAACAUUUUCGUGAAAUUCAAAAAUUAUUUUAUCGGAUUUUUAAUUUAGAAUUAAAUUGAAAUUGAGCAAGAAACUGCACAAUAAUGUGCGCUAGAAACUUAUCAACGAUACCUCAUUUGAUAACGUCUUAUACAAUCACUUAUUAUAGACAGAAAACAACAAACGAAAUAUUAUUGACGACAUAAAACAAUAAUAAUUUAAUAAUUCUAUUAUCUAUGAAGAUAUUAUUAUACAGGA